CCACCCAAGGGAACCAGUCCUGGAAAGGCUAGCCUCUCCCACCUCAUUUUGAGUCAGCUUUGUCCACCUGCAUCACAGCACAGCACAGAUACAGAGAUGAGCGAUCAGGAAGUGAUUUAUUCAACCGUGAGUUUUCUUCAAUCUCCUUCAGAGUCACAGAGCAGAUUAAGGCAUGCUGGUACUCAAAAGCCCGGGAAAACUGAUCACAAAGAGUUUUCAGUGCCCUGGCAUCUCAUUGCAGUGACUCUGGGGACCCUCUGUUUACUACUGUUGAUCACAGUCACAGUGUUGGGGACAAAGAUUUUUCAGUAUAUUCAGGAAAAACAUCAACAGGAGGAAAUUCUACGAAACCUCAGUCAAAACUACCACAUUAUGCAAAAUGACAGCUACUUAAAGGAGCAACUUUUGGCAAAUAAGACUUCAGAAUGUGACAUUCUCAAAAAUGAAUUUCUUCAGCACAAAAAGGAACUGGACUCAGUCUCUGAAAAAAAGAAACGUCUUAGAAAAAAGAAGAUCUUUUUAAGAUCUUUGCAAAAUGCAGGUGUCCUCUGUGAACACAAAUGGUUUUGUUGGGAUCUAAAAUGUUAUUCUUUUAUCACUGGAUAUAAACAGUGGAACGAAUGUAAACAGAUUUGCAAAAAGUAUGGAUCAUCCCUUUUGAAGAUAGAUGAUAAAGAUGAACUGGAUAUCAUUCAACCCCAAAUUUGUGGAAAUAACUACUGGAUUGGCUUGUCAUAUAAUGAAAAGGAGCGCAAAUGGAAAUGGGAGGACAAUAGCGCAUCUGAAGUUAAUUUUGCCAUGAGUUUUUCUUCUGGGAGAGGACAAUGUGCAUUUUUAACCUCAACAAGAGUAACAGAUAUUGAUUGCUCUAACACCUACAACUGUAUCUGUGAGAAGAGAAUUGAUUGAACCUCCCUUGGUUCCAUAGAGCUAAAGAUGACAAAGAAAUGACUGAGCAAGAUUUACACAGAAGUGAAGAUUCCUAUUGACAAAAGGAAGAAAACACAAUCCAGAACUUUUGGCAGGAAAUAUGAUUGUUGUUAGCAUCUAUUCUCAUAGAAUCAUCAGAAUCAUCAAAUCAAAGAUUUGAACAGGAUCUUAAAUGUUCAAUAAUCUAUUGAAUUUGUAAAUUUCUUCUCUUUCCAAUUUCCCUGCCAGGUGGUUGUCCACACCUCCAGGGAAAUGGAACUUAUUUUUUUCCUAGGUAGUAAAUCACACAUUUUAAAUGCUCUUAGAAUAUUUUUAAAAAUUUUGAAUUAAAAUAUUUCUUCCGGUAUCUUAUACCCACAAAUCCUACUUAUAAACCUUUUAAUGGUGGAGAACAAGUAUUAUCCUCAGGAGCAUCUAUACUGCCUUCUGAGGCUGAAGUCCACAAUCUCAGAGCAGCAGGGCAUCCUAACCCUGAGAAUUAGUUAUAGAGCAGAAA